UAUUACAUUUUCAAAUUGGAAUUGGAUUCAUUUUAGUCAUACAUUAUCAUCAAAAUCUAUUUAUAAUCAAUACUUACUCAGUAAGGUCUUAUUAAAUAUUGGACCACGUCAGUGUACAGUAGUCGGCCAUGAAUAUUAAGUUAAUGUUUAGUCCAAUAACAAAGUUCUCAUAACAAUAUCGUCUAAUCAAUUCAUAAAGUUACUUUACAUAAUGGAUAUUCCAUAUAGAAAAAUUUUCAUUUAUCUCCUUACUUUUGCCGCCUAUGCUUAUACGGGUAUUGGAUCAACGAUGUUACGAAACUUGAAAGAUGCAGUAUUAUCAGCAGAGUCUGUUUUUGGCGAUGUAUUCAAAAAUGUCAUAACUGUUGCUGAAAAAUUUAGAUCUUUGCACGAUAUUUUUGAUGCAGCAGUGGAAGAAGAUUGUAUAUUUACAUGUCCAGAAGGUCAUAAGCCAGUGCGUAACAAAAACCACAUACCUAAAUCAGAUGGCUGUGGCUCAUUGGGCUUUGAUAUAUCUUCAGAGUAUUUACCAAUUGAACAAAUGACCAAAUGCUGUGACGCCCAUGACAUUUGCUACGACACAUGCAAUAGCGGCAAAGAAAUUUGCGACUUGGAGUUUAAACGGUGCCUUUAUAAUUAUUGUGAUUCGUACAAGAGUAUUAAUGUUGCAGCUGAUGCAAUUACCAAAGGUUGUAAGGGAGCAGCUAAAUUACUAUUUACUGGCACUUUAACUCUUGGUUGUAAAUCAUAUUUGGAUGCUCAAAAAAAUGCAUGUUACUGUCCUCCACCAAAAAAUAAAUACAAGAAAUAUACAACAGGGGAUGGAGAUUUAUAAUAUUAACAGGACUAUGUAUAAGUGUGAUUCUUUGUUUUUAUUUAUUUUAUGUUAUGUUAUAAUAAACAUGUUUUUUAUUGUCUUA